AAUGGAAACCUCGGGGAUUAUAAUAUUGUUGUUAAGGAAGAGUGUAAAGAGGAGGAUGAGGAGUACGGGGUGAUGGAGGAGCUUUCUGAAGGACACAAGCAUAUGAUGGAACCACCUAAAAACAGGAACCCACCAGAGAGAUUACACGGACGGGACGUCGGGAAGAUCUCAGAGGAACGUCUCGCGUUGUCUCCAGAAGAUGAGGACAUCACACAGCGUAGUCCAGGAGAAGACCAUAAUGUCCAUCAGGUGCCCCACAGUGUGGAUGGACCAUCGUAUUCCUCCAAUCCUGAGGAUCCUCAGACUGGGAGGGGCGGGGCCGUCCUCCCAAAAGAUAAGAAGCUUUCCUGUCCUGAGUGCGGGAAACGUUUUAAACGUAAAGCAGUUCUCACUGAUCAUCGGAGGUCUCACACAGGUGAGAAGCCGUAUUCCUGCCUUGAGUGCGGAAAAUCUUUUGUGAAAAAAUCCAACUUGGGCAGACACCAAAGAUCUCACACGGGGGAGAAGCCGUUUUCCUGCCCGGAGUGCUGGAUGUGUUUUAAACAGAAAUCAGAACUCGUCCUGCAUACGAGAUCUCACACAGGAGAGAAGCCGUUCUCCUGCCCUGAGUGUGGCGCGUGUUUUUCACGGAAGUCCAAUCUCUCUAGACAUCAGAAAUCUCACACGGGGGAGAAGCCGUAUUCCUGCAGUGAUUGCGGGAAAUGUUACUCACAAAAAGCACAUUUUUUCGUUCAUCAGAGAUCCCACACCGGGGAGAAGCCGUAUUCCUGUCCUCAGUGCGGGAAAAGUUUUUCACAUAAGUCUAGUCUUGAUGCACACGAGAGAUGCCACAGGGGUGAGAUGCCAUAUUCCUGCUCCUGGUGUGGGAAAGGCUAUUCUCAGAAAUCGAACCUUAUCGUCCAUGAAAGAUCUCACACCGGGGAGAAGCCGUAUUCGUGCCCUCAGUGUGGGAAAUGUUUUUCACGAAAGACCUAUCUUUCUGUACAUCAGAGAGAUCACACAGGUGAGAAACCGUUCUCCUGUCCCCUGUGUGGAAAAUGUUAUUCACGGAAAUCCGAAGUCGUCAUACAUCAAAGAUCUCACACUGGGGAGAAGCCGUUUUCCUGCUCUGAGUGCGGCAGAUGUUUUUCCCGGAAGUCCAAGCUUUUUAUACAUCAGAGAGAUCACACGGGCGAGAGGCCGUAUUCCUGUUCUGUGUGUGGGAAACGUUAUUCAUGGAAAUCUGAGCUUAUUAUACAUCUAAGAUCUCACACCGGGGAGAAGCCAUUUUCCUGCCCUGAGUGUGGGAAGUGCUUUUCACAGAAAUCUUGUCUUACCAAACAUCAGAAAUCCCACACAGCCGUCAAGGAGUAG